AUGGAAACAAAGCGCGUAGCCAUCGUCGGCGCCGGCGUGAGCGGCCUGGCGGCGUGCAAGCACCUGCUGGAGCGCGGCUGCCGGCCGGUCGUGUUCGAGGCCGACACCGUCCUGGGCGGCGUGUGGGCGCGCCCGCCGGAGUGCACCGCGCUGCAGACGCCGCGGCCCAUGUACCAGUACUCCGACUUCCCGUGGCCGGAGUCCGUGACGGAGGUCUUCCCGGACCACCGCCAGGUCAUGCACUACCUCGACGCCUACGCGCGCCACUUCGGCGUGCUCGACUGCGUCAGGUUCGGCCUCCGGGUGCUCGGGAUGGAGUACGUUGGCGUCAGCGAGGAGAAGCUGGCCGUGUGGGAGGAGUGGGGCGGGAGCGGCGAGGCGUUCGGCUCUGGCUCUGGCGAGUGGCGACUCAAGGUGGCCAAUGGCGAUGACCACGUCGAGACACACAUUGUAGAUUUUGUGGUCCUUUGCAUUGGGAGGUUCAGUGGGGUGCCCAACAUACCCGAGUUCCCCACCGGAAGAGGUCCAGAAGCAUUUGACGGGAAGGUGAUCCACUCAAUGGACUACUCCAAAAUGGGCAGUAUGAAAGCUAAGGAGAUGAUCGCGGGCAAGCGUGUGACCGUAGUUGGGUACCUAAAAUCAGCACUCGACAUUGCUGCUGAAUGUGCAGAAGUGAAUGGCACGGAGCAACCGUGUACGAUGAUAGUCCGAACAAAGCAUUGGAUCAUACCCGACUACUAUGCUUGGGGUGUCCACAUAUCAAAGUUGUAUCUGAAUCGCUUCUCUGAACUCCUUAUUCACAAGCCCGGUGAAGGUUUCCUCCUGAGCCUCUUGGCCAUCACCUUGACUCCAUUGCGGUGGAUAUUUUCAAAGUUCGCUGAGAGCUACUACUCCAUUCCAAUGAAGAAGUAUGACAUGGUACCUGACCAUAGCCUUUUCGAGGCAUUGGUGACAUGCUUGAUUGCCAUCACACCUAAAGAUCACUACAAGAGACUGGAGGAAGGUAGCAUUAUUCUGAAGAAGUCCAAGACCUUUAGCUUUUGCAAGGAAGGUGUGCUUCUUGAAGGUGAAUCUUCACCGACAAAAAGCGAUAUAGUGAUAUUUGGAACUGGAUUCAAGGGGGAUCGGAAGAUCAAGGAUAUGUUCACAUCAGAAUACUUCCAGAAGAUUGUUGUUGGGUCAACAUCAACAACUGUGCCUCUGUAUAGGGAAUGCAUCCAUCCUAAGAUUCCGCAGCUCGCAGUCAUCGGGUAUUCAGAGAGCUUAGCAAACCUGUACACAACAGAACUUCGGGUCAAGUGGCUAACACACUUCAUGGAUGGUGGCUUCAGAUUACCAUCUGUUCAAGCAAUGCAAAGGGAUGUCCUUGAGUGGGAUAAAUUCAUGAAGCGCUAUUCUCGUGUCUACUUCCGUAGGUCCUGCAUUGGUAUCCUUAACAUUUGGUACAACGACCAACUAUGCAAGGAUAUGGGGUGCAAUCCUAGAAGGAAGAAAGGCUUUUUCGCGGAGUUGUCCGAGGUUUAUGGUCCUGAAUGUUCCCUGUUAAAAAAUCACUACUGGUCUUGGGGUGCGCGACCUGGUAACCAACAAUGCCGGCCUGCUUGUUAA